AAUAUAAUUGUAAAAGAUACCUUAUUUAAUAUAUUUAAUUAUUGGCAAAUACAAUGGGUGCACUACAGAAUCGAUUAUGUGAAUCUACACGACAGUUCUUUAAGAAGAUAGCAAACUUUUUUCAGCGAUACUUUACAAUAAUUUGGUUUAACCGGAAAAACCAGAUCAUGGAAAAUCUUGGAUUUUCUGCAGACACACAAAAUGACGAUCAAGUCCGAGUACUAACUGUGAAUAAUGGAGAGCACUUGGAUGGAAAUCUAUACAAACUUAAGAAAGGAUGGGUGGUAGAAUUUAGAUUAGGAUCAUCUCUUCUUGGACAUAAUGUUGAUGUUUUCACGAAUCAUCCGCAAUUAAUUAGCGAUCCGUUCAAGAGAUGUACGUAUUACCAAUUACCAUGGAGCCACGAAUCAGCAUUCUUACGACUAUCACUCGCUGGUUCUUUUCAUUAUUAUAUACAAGAAUCACGAGAAGACCAUGAUGGGAAAGUACUUUCAUCCGGCUAUUUGUUAGUGGAGCCAGAGUUGACAGUUGGUGCGAACGAUGAUCAAAUACCACUGGAUUGUAUCCAAUGUCAAACAGUUCUUUCUAAAUUAUUGGGACCAUUUUCCACAUGGGAAGAUAAAUUAAAAGUUUCUCAACAAUCCGGUUAUAAUAUGAUUCACUUUACGCCUAUACAGGUAAUAGGAGCCUCUAAAUCAGCUUAUAGUAUCAGUGAUCACUUAAAUAUAAAUCCUUCGUUUCAUGAUUUUCCAAAUCAAGUGACAUCCUUUGAUGAUAUCGACAAAUUAAUACGCAAAAUACGAAAGGAAUGGAAGGUUUUAAGUAUUUGUGAUAUAGUUUUAAAUCACGUAGCGAAUGAAAGUCCAAUUUUACUAAGUAAUCCAGAAUGUGCUUAUAAUUGUAUCAACUCGCCCCAUCUACGUCCCGCUUAUCUUUUAGAUGCUAUUUUAUUUGACUUGACAUUGCAAACAUCGUCGGGAGAAUUGGAGGACAAGGGCAUUCCGUCCAUUAUUGAAAACGAAGAUCAUUUGAAUUCUAUACGCCACGCGCUGCACACUUAUUUUUUACCUCAAGCAAAAAUCUAUGAAUUGUACACUGCAGAUAUUGAUGCAAUCGUGUCGGAAUUUUUACUAAUGGCUUCCAAAUGUAAUCGACAACGUAAAAACGCAGAUUCCACAAAUAACGAAAGUAUUUCCAUAAUUAGAGAUGUUGAAUAUCGUAGAUUAAAAGCUACGAUAGAUAUGGAUCUUGCAUUAAAAUUGUAUAAUAUAUCGCAAAAUGAUUGUCUUAGCGAGGAUGAUCGAUUAAAGCAAUGCUCAAUGGAUCUGAAGAAGAAAUUGCAGGAACUCAAUGACGCUAUUAUUAAGGAAGUCGAAGAUCAUUUAAACGCUGCUGUAGAAAAUGUAAUUGCCGGUAUUAGGUAUUUCAGGGUACAAACGGAUGGGCCUAAAUUGAAGGAAGUAAGCGAAAAACAUCCUCUUGUAUCCAGAUACUUUACAGAUUUCGGAAGUCCUAAGUCAUUUACACAAAGAGAAAGUAUAAUGUAUUCGGAUUAUGGGCGUCAUUUAAUGGCUCACAAUGGAUGGGUUAUGAACAGCGAUCCUUUCAAAAACUUUGCUGAUUCUGAUUCUAAUAUUUACCUCCGUAGAGAACUUAUAGCAUGGGGUGAUAGCGUUAAAUUAAGGUACGGUGAUGAUCCACGCGAUUGCACGGUCCUUUGGGAUUACAUGCAAAAGUAUGUUCUACAAGUAGCUAAAAUUUUUGAUGGUAUUAGGCUUGAUAAUUGCCAUUCAACUCCAAUUCAUGUCGCUGAAUAUAUGCUAGAUAGUGCUAGGGCGGUAAAACCUGAUUUGUACGUGGCUGCCGAACUUUUUACAAAUUCUGAUCAAAAGGAUAAUAUUUUUGUUAAUCGUCUUGGCAUAACGUCAUUAAUUAGGGAGGCAAUGUCAGCAUGGGACAGCCACGAAGAAGGUCGGCUGAUCUACCGAUUCGGUGGGGAUCCCGUGGGAGCGUUCAUUCAACCCCGACACUGUCCGUUAGUCCCGGGUAUCGCUCACGCUCUCUUUCUCGAUCAGACGCAUGACAAUCCGACUCCGGUGGAAAAGCGCAGCGUCUUCGACCUGCUACCUAGUGCUGCACUGGUGUCGAUGGCUUGUUGUGCCAGUGGUAGCAAUCGUGGUUACGACGAAAUGAUACCUCACCACAUUCACGUUGUUGACGAAGAGAGACAAUAUACGUCCUGGAUUGACAAUGAAGAUCUAGUAAAGGAAAACGAAAAAUACGUUAGUUUUAAGUCAGCUCUUAUACCAGCCAAGAAGGCUUUGAAUGAUCUUCACUUUUGGCUUGGACAGAAUACAUUCUCACAAGUCUUUGUCGAUCAAAUAGAUGAGGAUAUAGUGGCUAUUACUAGACAUUCACCAACGACUCAUCAAAGCGUCGUUCUUGUAGCAUUUACAGUUUUUAAACAUCCAGAUCCGGAUGCUAAUGACUUGCGGAGGAACAUUCGACCGUUAAGAGUGGAAGGCGUAGUCGAAGAAAUUAUCCUCGAGGCGUCAUUAAUUCAUGAACGAUCUAAAGGCGACGGUAAAGCUUUUUGUAAUCCUGAAAAGUAUAAAAGGAAUAGAAAUUAUAUAAAUGGCUAUUCGGAAUAUAUAGCGGAUAUGAAGGAACAUAUUCAAAUUUGUAAUUCUUCAAUGGUCGAAAAAGUUGAUUCUGGCGAUCCUAAAAUAACUCAGUUAAAUUUCAUUAAUUUUCAGCCCGGUUCUGUAUUUGCUAUUCGUGUAUCGCUUCAUGCAAAUAUACGGCCAGCUCUUGAAAAAUUGAACGACGUCGUUUCCACUGUCACGUCGACCAAUAAUUCAGAAUUACAUACAAUAAUUUCACGCAUGGAUUUUGCCGACCUCAAUAAAGCACUUUAUCGAUGCGAUCAAGAAGAGCGCGACGAGACAGCAAACAAAUUUGGCGUUUAUAAUAUACCUGGUUACGGGCCCCUCGUUUACGCUGGCUUACAGGGAAUUAUUUCUUUGCUUGCGGAAAUUCGAUCCAAUAACGAUCUUGGGCAUCCACUUUGCAUCAAUCUUCGCCAAGGAAAUUGGUUAAUAGACUACAUCUGGCAACGUUUAAAUGAAGAUCGAGGCACCGCUGAUCUUGGUAAAUGGUUGGAGCAAGCUACAGAACCUUUUAAAUUAAUUCCCCGUUAUUUAGUGCCGUGUUACUUUGACGUAAUUGUAGUGAACAUAUAUUCUAUUCUAAUAGAACGUUGCUUUAGCUUAAUGUCAAGUUUUAUAAAAGAGGGAACGGACUUUACUAGAUUAUUAUCAUUAGUUUCUAUACAAAUGGGAGGUAUAGUGAAGUCAGCGCAAUUACCCGAUCUGUCGCCUAAUUUAGAACCACCAAGGCCGAAAGUUCGCGAGGUCGAUGGUAAAAGAGAACAGGAAUGUUCGACUAUGUCCGCUGGAUUGCCACACUUUGCAGUUGGAUACGUGAGAAAUUGGGGAAGAGAUACGUUUAUAGCUCUUAGAGGUUUAUUAUUAUUAACUAAUAGAUACGAAGAGGCUAGAUAUAUAAUUUUAGGAUAUGCAGGUACACUUCGUCAUGGCUUAAUACCAAAUCUUUUGGAUAAAGGCGCAAAUGCCAGAUUUAAUUGUCGAGAUGCCGUGUGGUGGUGGUUUUAUACAAUUCAGUGUUAUAUUAAAGAAGUUCCAGAUGGCUUGAAAAUUCUAUCGGAUACCGUGACGCGACUUUUUCCAACUGACGACUCGCCUGCACUCCCAGCCGGAGAAGUGGAGCAACCAUUGCAGGACGUAAUGCAGGAAGCCCUGUCCGUGCACUUUCAAGGUUUAACUUUUCGCGAACGGAAUGCAGGUAAACAGAUCGACGAGCACAUGACCGAUCGCGGAUUCAACAACCAGAUUGGCGUGAGCCUGGACACUGGUUUUGUGUUUGGUGGUAACGAUGCCAACUGCGGCACUUGGAUGGACAAAAUGGGCUCGUCGGAGAAGGCCGGCAAUAAUGGUAAACCCGCAACGCCAAGGGACGGUUCGGCCGUUGAAAUCGUUGGAUUGAGUUACAGCACUUUGGACUUCUUGGCGGAAUUGUACAAGCAAAAUCUAUAUCCUUACGGCAGCGUUCAGCGCAAAGAACAAGAUGGUACGACAGUUACUUGGAGCUACAAGCAGUGGGCUGAUAAAAUAAAGGAAAACUUUGAAUUUUAUUAUUACAUCGAUGAAGUGCCAAGGGAAGGCGAAUUACGACCCGAUUUAAUUAAUAGACGUGGUAUUUAUAAAGAUACUCAUGGAGCAACACAAGCAUGGGGUGAUUACCAAUUGCGACCAAACUUUCCAAUUGCCAUGAUUAUUUCUCCGGAUUUGUUCGAGCCUCGUCACGCCUGGACAGCCCUUAAGAACGCUCAAGAUAUCCUAUUAGGCCCAUUGGGAAUGAAGACGCUAGAUCCAUCGGACUGGGCGUACAACGGCUACUACAAUAAUGCCAACGACUCGGACGACCCGAAGGUCGCCAAUGGCUGGAAUUAUCACCAAGGUCCCGAGUGGCUUUGGCCCCUCGGCUAUUUCCUAAGGGCGCGGCUGCACUUCGCCGCUCUCGUCGGUGGCGAGGACGAAUUGAAACGUACCGUAUCAUCGACCGAGGCCAUUAUCUCGAAACACCUCGUAGAGGCCUCGACGAACCAGUGGCGAGGUCUACCCGAGCUGACCAACAAGAAUGGCGAAUACUGUUCCGACAGCUGUCGCACGCAAGCUUGGAGCGGCUCGGCAUUACUGGAGGUGAUGUAUGAGCUGGACAGGCUGAAGAGAGAUUUAAAGGACUCGAAAUCCGAUUACGAAGCCACCAUUAAUUGAUGCGACUAUGCGUGUGUUCACCACCGAUACUUACACGUAGAAUAUAUUAGCCUAGAUGAGCAUGAGGUAGAAGAAGCGCACAGCGGCUCGACGAUUGCCUCCGGCUCUUCCGGUCGCGACGAAGCGAGCCAACAAUGCACGGAGACACACGCAUCCCUUCCCACAUAUUUACGCUCAAACGAUUAUUACAACCUUCAUCCCGUCACCUUUCUUAGAUCACCUUUCUCUAGAUCCCUCGUAAUGCCACAGCUACGACAAAUCAAUUUUGACGAGUCCAAUGAAGAUUUGACGAGAGCCGGAGAGUCUGAUUGCCAGUCCAAGAGAGGAGACGUCAUUAGCGAGGCAGUUACUAUUUUGUGCCCUGAUAGUACGAUCAAGUCCAAUCGUAUCGAUAAUAAAUCCGGCUCGAUUAAAUGCUCAUCGCACGAGAUUAUUUAUCAGGAUUUUUUAUUCGCUGACAAUGUACGUCGCUCUAUCAAUAAUCGCAAGAUAGACGAUGCGCCACGAGUCAUAAAAUGCAUCGACGCCGUUGUAUCGAGGAGGCACAAAUUAUGCAUAAAAUGCGCGAGACACGAGCACGAUUUAGUUGGUAAGGAAAGAU